CCGGCGUGCCCCGCGGCUUACGACUCCCGGCGUGCCCCGCGGCUUACCCGCCGGAUACAUUGUGCUCGGAGACGGACUACAACUCCCGGCGUGCCUCGCGCCUGCGCCAUAGGGGCCGGGGCACGUGGAGGGGGGGUCCUGGCAGAGCCCUCCCCCACCCUUGCACCAUGCGCCUCUCGGCUCUGCUGGCCGCGGCGCGGCUGCGCCUCCCCCAUGGCUACCGGCACGGGACGUGGCGCCCCGAAACUGCCGCUGCCCAGCGCCGAAACCCCCCCGGCCUGCGGCGCCGCAAGGUCUUUGUGGAACCCAUCGCCUGGGAGGACUGGAAGGUGUUUCGGGGGGACACAGUCCAGGUCCUCGUUGGGAAGGAUGCGGGGAAGCAGGCGAUGGUCACCCAGGUCGUGAGAGCACGCAACUGGGUGGUGGUGGAAGGGCUGAACACGCACUACCGGUACGUCAACCGCACCACCAAGUACUCCGGGACCUACAUCGCCAGCGAGGCGCCGCUUUUGCUCAACCAGAUCUCCUUGGUGGACCCCGAAGACCGGAAGCCAACGGAGGUGGAAUGGCGUUACACGGAGGAGGGUGAGCGUGUCCGCGUCUCCGUCCGCAGCGGCCGGAUCAUCCCUUUGCCGCUGCGGCAGCGCCGGGAUAGAAUCGUUCCGGAGCAGUGGAUUGAUGGCCCGAAGGACACGUCGGUGGAGGACGCACUGGACAAGACCUAUCUGCCAUCGCUCAAGACCUUUGAGGAGGAGAUCAUGGACGCCAUGGGGAUUGUGGAGACGCGUAGGGCCAAGAAAUCGUACUGGUAUUAACUGGGAGGACUGGGUUGGGCAAUAAAGAUGCCUCUUUGGUUUGG